AUGAGCGGCAGCGGAAGUAUAGAAAUUAUCCUCAAGAACCCUACUGAUGUGAUCUCCCAGAUAUUGCAGGAUCAGUCUGCGGAUGGUGCUUCCAAUAAGUUUUCCCAGACCAUCAAGUCGAUAUUGGAUCCAGUCAUCACGCUAAAACAGACUCGGACUAAGAAGAACCCAGUGUUGGACCAAAUUUACAUUGAAGGAUUGGACUCUAACCAAGUAUGGGAGCAGGCGAAGUUGGUCAUUGACGACAAUAUCGAAGAGUUGAUGUUUGAAGAUAUACCAGAAUUGAAACUGAGAAUGGGAAAUGUCGGCGGUGCUGCAGAGCUAAUUGAAGAGGAUAUAUCAGCUAGCGAAGAAGAAUUAUCAGCAGAUGAGGAACAAGUAGAAGCUGAAAAAACUGUGUAUUCAGAUGACGAUGAUUAUGAAGACUAUAGGAAACCUGAAGCAAGACAAUAUACCGAUUUGGAUGAUGAGCUAUCCAAUGAAAUUGGUGUCGAAGAAGAUAACGAAGAAGAUAACGAAGAAGACCAAGAACACAAUAAUGAAGACGAUGGGUUUGGGCUAAAUGAUGGUUUUUUCGCUCUUGAGAAUUAUAAAAAGCAGGUUUUGGAAUUGGAAGAUAAAGACGAUAUGCUAUCAGAUGGAGAAGAAGAAAUUGAUUAUUUUGGAGAAAUUUCAGAUGGAUCGGAUGACGAAGUUGAUUAUUAUGAUGAUUUUUUUAACAAGCCAACUUCCGACAAGUCCAAACCUGAUCAAAAAACUAAAGAAUCGGCAAAAAGUAAGCAUAAUGAUGAUGAUGAUGAAGAGGAUGACGAAGAGGCUGACUUUGGUGAAGAUGAGUAUAAGGCGGCUAUGAAUCAUGCCAUGCUUGACUUGUUUGCAGAUGAAGAAGAAGCACAAUCGAAAUCUAAGAAUGGCGAUGAAGGGCUUUCAACUUUUGAGAAACAACAAAAACAAAUCCAAAAGCAAAUUGCAGAAUUAGAAAAAGAGGCGGUUGAAGAGAAAAAAUGGACCAUGAAAGGUGAAGCUUCAGUCAAGAAUAGACCAACCGAUGCCCUCCUUGAUGAAGAAUUGGAGUUUGAUCGUAAUGCCAAACCUGUCCCGAUUAUCACCAAAGAGGUUACAGAAUCGAUCGAAGAUCUUAUCAGAAGAAGAAUCCAAAAUUACGAGUUUGACGAUUUACCAAGACGUUUGUUUUCCGAUAUGGAAAAUGACAAAUUCAAAUCGACCCCACAAGUUGACAUGGACGAGAUGGGCAAGAAAUCACAAAAGUCGUUGGCGGAGAUUUAUGAAGAUGAGCACUACAAUGGUGUUACUGCGGAUUCGGUAAAGAAUGACGAGUUGGAGGCCAAGCAUGAAGAAAUUAUAGCAUUAUAUCAAAGUGUGACGUAUAAAUUGGAUGCAUUGUGCUCUGCCCAUUACAUUCCAGCGCCAGCUGGUAAAUCUCUCGAGAUCAAGGUGAAUACCUCUACCAUCACUAUGGAAGAUGCUCAACCACUUAUAAUGAACUCGGAAUCGACCUUGGCCCCACAAGAGGUGUUCAAGGCCCAAUCUGGAGUUAACAAGGAGACCAACGAAGUGAGACUCGCUAAUGGUAUGAUUGUUAACAAGGAUGAGCUUACCAAAGAGGAGAAGAAGAAUAUGAGACAAAAGAAUAAGAGAAAGUUACAUAAGCAAAACGAGGCAGCAGCAAUCAAGAAGAAGAGCAAAAAGAGCAAAAAGGAAGAUGUGAUGGAUACAUUGAAGAAGGCAAACGUCCAAGUGAUCAGUAAAAAAGGGGUCAAAACGGAUAUUCGUGGUAACAUUAUCAAAGAAGGAGGGAAAUCCAAAAGUGUGGGAUUCAAGUUGUAG